UAUCAUAGAAAACGCGCGCGCAAAUAUUCAUCUUGGAAAAAAAAAACUUUCACAAGUGGGUCAGUGCGCCGUUAUUUUGUGCAUAAAAGAAAAUUUAAAAAAUAUUUUUUUAUUCAUCAAUAUAACGUAUAUACAAUAAAGUCAUCUAAACAUUUUUUUUUAAAUGAAGUUAUUUAUUUAUCUACAAUAAAUUCCAAAAUUUAGAUAUCAUUUUAGUGCUAUCCCUUAAUUAAAUAGUCUCAUCCUAGAAUUGUGCAAAAAGUUAUUAAUUAUUAAAUUAUAACCUAGUUCCCGCAGAAGAAAUUCAGGACGCUUAUAUUUAAAAAAAAUUUGUGUCGUAUAUUGUAGGUAUAUCAUCUUGUGUCUAUCAAGUUAAUAAUUUAAACGAAGCUAUAUUCAUACAUAUAAAUUCUAAAUGUGUAGUAUUAUCGAUAAAUUGCUAUUGUGGAAAUAUAUUCGUGUACAAAACAGGGAAUACUUUUAAAACGUUGUAAAUUACACAAUAUUCAGAUCGCUGUAACUCAGUGAAAAAUUAUCGUAAAAAAAAACUAAAAAAGCAUUUUGAAAUCUCUAGUUUCGAGAUUGACAAUUCAUCAAACGAUUUACAGAUUGCUUACGAAAGUUACGCAGAUUCUAAUGGGGAUACGUCAAACUCAAAAUUUUUUACGAACUUUGCAAAGCUCCACGGCGUAAAAUAAAAAUUGCAUGCAAAUGCGAUUUACAGCAUUCGAAAGCGCGACUCUUUACUUUUAAUUUGCGUACUUAAUUUUUGCUGAAGUCGAUAUUUGAACUUCGUGAAAAAAAAUUGUAAAUCGAACUUUUUAGGCUCAUUUUAAUGAGCGAAGCCUUUUGAUUAUUUAAGUUGAUUUUUCUCGAAAAUUCUUUUGCAUGCAGUUUUUACUCGACUACUUUUACAUUAAUCUAAUAUAAUUUUAAUUUAUAUAUCAUUGCGAAUAAGUAGCUCAUAAAAAUUCUUGGAAAUUUUGAAAAAAUUAAUAUUUUCUGACUUUUGACUUAGUAUUUUUUUAAUUUUUUUUUAAUAAUGUUAUUUUUUGUUGUCUUCUACGUCAAUAAUUUUUUUAAGUUUUUUGUCACAUUUAAAAACUUUAAUAAGUAAUUCAUUAAUAAAAACCAUUAUCACACUGUAGUAUUUUCUCUUAUUUUCUUAAGAAAAAUUACGUAAAAGCAAUCGUCAACCUUCAUAGAGACAUUGAUGAUUUCUAAAUUGUUUAAUUUUCGAAAAGUUCCAUUAAAAUUUUUGGUAUAUAUUUAUAUAAGGGUAUUUUUAUCGUAUUGAAAUACUUUUCCUGCGGCGGAAAUCGAUGAAUUCUAUCCAUCAUCGAGAAGGAAAUAGCAAUGUCCAAAUGGUCAUAUGGUAGACAGUAAGUACUAACAUAGUUUUUGCUAGCGAUUGCGGAGAAUUGUCGGUCGAGCGUAAAGUCCGGCCGCCUUUUGACCGCUACCUUGAUGCCCUUCGAUGACUCGUAAUGACUACCUGCACGACAUCAUACUCUAUUUUCUGCACGUAUAAAUGUACGCGUUACAUUGCCCGCACGACCGUCUUUCGCAGUGCAUUGCGACGUGUCCGUACGUGAAGAGGUCUCCGGAGGAGUGUAGAUUUUUCCAGAUGCACCCUCGUGCUUUCCACGUCCUUGCUCUCGCACUGACUGCGGUCGUAAGGGCCGGCUGUGACGAUAAAACAAAAUGGUACUCUGGAUUACGAUCCAUAAUCAAGAAUUGCCCAUCGGUGUCCCAGAACAGCUCCGACCAGGAUGAAUUGUUAGACAUUUUUAGAAGAUGCGUGCAGCAAAGGGCUAUCGAUACGUUGGAUAUUCUUCUCAACGAAGAUGUUAUUACGUUAUUUGACGGAGUUGAUUUGAUACGACUUCAUUCAAAUGAUGAAAACAAUACGGAAUAUAAAGAUAAUUUAACCGAUGAGUUGGAAGAGGAGGACAUCAGCUGGCCGGCGAUCAUCUGGAAUCGAAUGACACGCGUUCUGCGGACUCACGCUUUCAAAAUUAACGUCGAUCGUAUGUUUAACACAGCUGCCAACACGUCCGCGCAGAAUCUGGACAGUAUCGUCCAAGGUCGCGGAAAGCGCCGUCGAAAGAAUAACUUGUUUCCGAUGAUGGUGAUGGGCCUGAUGAUAGUUGGUACGAUCCUAGUGCCGAUGGGCUUUCAAUUCCUCGCAGUGUUGGGCGGUAAAGCUCUCAUUCUUGCUAAAAUGGCCCUUAUAUUGUCCAGUAUACAAGGUCUGAAAAAGAUAGCCACCAGCGGCGUCAAUUACGGAUUGUAUCAUGUCCAUGACGGCUUUCACGACAGGAGUCAACAGGUCCCCGAGGAAGAACAUCCGAUGUACCUGCCUCCGCGUCCUUACAAUUAGUUGAACGACUCUUCGCCAAAUGGAACGUUUCAAGUAUAUUAAUAUAUUCAUUCGAGAGAGUUCCAACGCGACGCGCAUUGUUCUUUCAUCGAUAAUAUUGUAUAAAGGGCGAAAUGAGAUGGCACAAUCAAAAUUAUUUCCUGAAUUAUUCAUGGCAAUGCUUUGGAAUUUUAUUAAUAAUCACGCACAGUGAUUUACUCUAUUUUUCCCUCGACAACUUUUACUCAUCGCCACACAUUUUGCCGCAAGCUGUUUCAUCGUGCAAAUUCUACAAUCUUCACUUGGCCUUGCUAGACCUUGUGCGCAACAUAGAAAUAUUAAAUAUUCGGAAUAGGAAUUAAAAUUUUAAAAUCAGUCUCCUUAAUGAAUAUUAAAUGUAAGAAGACGUAAGGUGCGACAACAAAUGUCUCGUACAAAAACUGCAACGUUACUUAUUAUCUAUAGUGCUCCUUGAAAGAGAGAGAGAGAAAACUGAUUCUAAAAUUCAAAUUCCUCCAAUUCCUUAUUAUCUAAUAUUCCUGUAUUGUACGCUACUUAUUACAGAACUCGUGUUAACAGUAGUGUUAAAAUAGUAGAACUCGUACUCGAGUUCUCCUCCGACAAACUUUGAAAACGAUCUUUAGGAGGAGAUGGUGGGAGGUGAAAUAUUUUCCUCUUCCAAACUUUUUUAAUAUGUUAAUCUCAAUCAAACUCAAUUUUCAUAGUUUUAAUAACUGUUACGAAUUGUACAAAUUAAUAAAUAUGCGCGAAUUUGAAAGUAUUUACAAUUUUGUAGAUUUUUAGGUCGCCGCGCCCGCACCCACAUGUUGAUUUAUCUACCACAGUAGAAUUGCAAAUCAGCAAUUGUAUUACUGAUAGUAGAUCCAUAAAUAGAUUGUAUUAUUUGCAGUUUGUUUCCAUCUUCGUGACCAUGGUUUAAUAAUAAACAUGAGAAUCGGUCGCGCGUUCCGUUUUGUUCUGACGUGCGAGUGUCUCGUUGAAGAUACAGUCUGUCAUAUAAGAGCAUCGUCUGCAAGUAUGAGAAAGAAAAAGAUUACUAUUUUCUAAAAGUAUACGCACGCACGCACGCACGCACGCACGCACCCACCCAUGCACGCACAUACGCAAAUAAAUCACCUCCGUAUCCCGUUCAAGGGGAAGGACAAACAAAUUGGAUUCAAUUCGUGCUCCAGGGAGAAGAAACAAAUCGGAAAUGUGGAGCGUGCGUAUGCAUGUUUUAAAAUAAUAAUUUUCUUUUUGAAUUUACACGGACGACGCUCAUAAGUACAAAUAUCGUAAUAUGUCAAACACGGAUAAUAAUAUCAAUAUAACUGAUAUCGUUGCACUGCGCGGAUUUUCUCCUAACAAUAAGAUACCAUUCUAACGAUAGUUACGUAUAAAUUACAUAAGUGUUGAAAAUCGACAUUUAUGUUAUAAUCUAUCACAAUCACAAUUUGAUAGAUUAUAGCAGGUGACAAUCGCGGUUAUUUAUUCACGAAUGUCGUGAAGAUACGUCGCAUUUCGCGUUUAACCUCUAUGGGGAAGCAUGCUUACACAAUAUCCAUCAUUUACAUCUAAAUAGAUACCGUCAAGCAGGGAGAUUGUGAUGUCUAUAGACUAUAGACUAUCUCGCUUCUAUCGUGUAGAAAAAAAAAUCGAAAUUUGUAUAUGCGGAUAUUGACCAAUAUGUGUUUCUUUAAUUUCUGUAUUUAGCGUAUAGUGAAUAGAUCCGUUAAUAAAUGAGCGAUUAUCAGUCAGUAUCCUUGUAUCCAAUAUUUAUUUCUGUAAUUGUAUAAAAUAAUAUAAUUAUUAUAAAAUUUUACUUAA